UCCGUUACUAACGCAGUCUUGGCGACAAGUUAGGCCCAUCUGCGGAACUAAUGUGUUCAUUAUCAUAAUCUUGGCAUCUUGAAAGCCUGAUAAAUUGGCUAGCUGUAGCAGUUUUACAGACAAACACUAGAGGGCAGCACAUCCAAUCACCUGAGCAGGUCUGCGGCUUUCUUAAAUUUCUAACCUGUGGCCCACACAUCCAAGCUUUGUGUGACCUGAAGCAGGGACUGACUGACAACUACGCCGCUCUCUCGACCCCUCAUCGUAAGGUUUAUCCAGACCUAAACCAGCAACUGAGAGAGACGAUUCCUGAACAUUUUUGCGAGGAGACAGCAACGAUUCAAGCUUAAAGUCAUUGACCUCAAAGCUGACAUCGUUAAAAGUGACCAUGGCCAAGCGUCGCCUCUUCCUGUGGUUUGCUGUGUGCACGGUUCUGCAAGCUAUCCACCUAACACAGGGAAAGCGGGUAGUUGUCAUGCCAAUGCCUGCACCAAGCCACACUAAAUACAUGACCCACGUGGCACAGGUUCUAGCUCAGCAAGGUCACGAGGUGUGGGUGACCAUAGCCGACUAUGUCGUCAACAAGCGCGUGCUGGACACAACCAACUUCACCAUCAUCGAGCUGACAGCUUUACCAAACUACGAAGAGAUUUUGAUGGAAGGCUUCGCUGAGAGGUAUUUUAAAUGUCAAAAGGAAGACGUACAGUUGUUUUUCAGAACAGGGAAAGAGUUCUGUGACCGUAUCCUUAGCAAUAACUCUUUUUUUGAGCAGAUUAAAACAUUAAGACCGGACUUCUUCGUUCUCGACAAUUUACCUUUUACUAAAAUGUUGGCGAUAAUACCUUAUCGACUUGGUGUGCCGUUCGCCUUUCUUGGAACAGCCUAUGAACCAAAUGCACAAAGAAUACCCAUAGUACCUUGCAACAUUCCUUAUCCAUUUACUCCUUUUAACCGGCCUACCACCUUUUAUCAGCGUGUUGUCAAUUCUUUAUUUCAUCUUGCUUCUUCGCUGAUGGAUCCCAGUGUCUACAAAGAUGCAGUCAGUCGCUAUGCACCAGACAUGCCUUAUCUCCCCAUGGACAUGCUUAUAGCCAGAGCUGAGAUUUGGUUGGUUGAGACAGACCAUAUUCUAGACUACCCCAAACCCUCUAUGCCAAACGUCAAACUAAUUGGAGGAACAGCUACAGGUCCUGGUAAACCGUUGCCACCACAGUUUAAACACUUCAUGGAUGAUGCUGAAGAAGGUGUUGUCAUUGUUACUUUUGGCAGCCAAAUUCUCAGUCCACCAACAUCAAUUACACAGAAAAUACUCAAAGUAUUAACAGAUUUACCUUUUAAAUCCGUUUUCCGUUCAAACAUUUCGUCACCGAACUCAGAGAAGAUUCUGACGUCGUCAUGGAUACCUCAGAACGACCUGCUGGCUCACCCCAACACUCGCGUGUUUGUCAGCCAUUGUGGUAAGAACGGUCAGUACGAGGCUCUGUACCACGCGGUGCCUGUGGUGGCCACCCCGAUCUUUGCUGACCAGUCCUACAACGCUGAGCGCAUGCGCGUGAAGGGGUUCGCAGAGAUUGUCGACCUCAACACCGUCAGUACAGACGAGCUGUACACCACCAUUGUCCAAGUGGCGACCAACAAGAGCUACAAGCAGGCCAUCACAAAAGCCUCGGAACUAUUCAAAAUAGAGUUCGGUGUUCCUGUGGAGAAAGCGGCCUUCUGGCUAAAUCACGUGAUGAAAUAUGGCGGUGACCACUUGCGUUCGUCAGGACAUGAAUUUCCUUUCUAUCAGUUUGCUUGCUGGGAUGUUUAUGCUUUUCUAUUUGCAAGUGCACUAUUAGCAUUUCUGAUUGCAGUGUUGUCUUUGUAUAAGUUGUUCUUUUUUCUCCGCUCGAAAUCAAAACAAAAAGACGAAUAACAGCUGAUAAACUAUAAAAUUUUGUUGACAGCCUUUAAUUGUCUACUUGUGAUGCUUGACUUCACGAGGUACUGCGCUGUAGACUGGUUGACCCAAUAAUGUAUUUUAAAAAAUCGCUAUAAGCAUGAUUAACUUAGCAAAUAGAUUCCCUGAAAAAUUUCUAUUCUAGUUUGUUCAAGUCCAGUAUACGAUAUAACAUUCAAGUACAAUUCAAAUGCUCAAAGUCUUGUUAAAAUUAUGUAUGCCGUAAACUAUAAGCAGAUACAGACAAUAGAAUUUUACUUAAAAUAUUUUCACAAAGCCGACGUGAAUACUUAAUUAUUCGGAAGAUUUUUCCCUUUUGUAAUUUAUUCCUCGCGAGUAUGUUUAAUUUUAGCAUGUUAAGUUUGAACAACGAUCUAAAGUGAUUAAACAGCGUUGAUAAUGUUAACCCUUUCUUCUUUAAUAAAGAGUUUCGCAGAAUUAACAACAGACGAUGUUAAUUAUAAAUAAAUAUUGUUUGCACAA